CCGAAAGCAAUUUAAGUGCGAGUACAACCUGCUCCCUACCUCCGCUCGCUGUUGUUGAACCUGGGAACGGUUCGCUCGCGUUCUAUGAUCGGUCCGUAUUCUUGUACAAGAGGAUCACGAAUUAGCGAUGUCCCAUAUCAUCCUGACGCACUUCGACUCCCGCGUCCUGUUCUUCUCGCCUCACUUCGCCUCCCGCCCCGCGAAGGUGCGACCCUUGACCAAGACCGCAUGAAGCGCAUCGCAUGGCGAGGACAUGCUCGACGCGUCGCUUCUAUAUGGGCGAGAAUGCAGUUAUUUUCGGGCAAGCAGCAGUAGUAGGACAGAUGGCUUUUCCCUUCCGUCCUUUCGCAUCCAACAUCCCCCACUGCGCAUCAUUAGCCCACAAUCGGAAGCCGGUAUGGUACGGUACGAACGGGCGUCGUUGUCUACGUUUACGGACUCUACUAAGCCGCAAUAGCGGAAUGGGCCAAUUGUCAUGUGCGUAAAACCUUAUGCCUUUCUGCCUACCUUCUCGUCAUUGGUAUCCCACAACUUGAACACGUACCAUCUUGUCCUGCCCUGAUUUUCUGCUCGAUCAUCGUGAAUCGGCUGUUGCAGACGCUAUUGACAAAUAAGAAUGGACCUCG